ACAGAAUUGCGGUCUGCAUUGAAAAAGCACGAAUAUAACUCCGUUUUUCGUGAGUUCUCUGAACCAAACAUUAAACUCAGCUAUAUAUAUAUAUUCUUUUGUAUUUAUGCCUUUUUGAGAGCAGAAGAUUGAGUAACAACCCCCUGACAACAUGACGACCCUAAAGAUAACUGGACUUGAUGGGUUGAUGAGUGUGAGCUCAUUCUUUGAGCUUGGGGAAUUGGAGAGCGUGAUAGAUGUGCUGGCCUUGUAUCGAUGUAAGGCAUGUGGCUUUUCCAGCCCCCUUCUUGACAGCCUGUCUGAGCACAUCACAAAUGGCUGUGCUCCGGAGGAGAUGAAACCACUGGUGGAAGAGGGGGGCACUAACAAGGAAGAGACUCUUCAAUCUAACCCAGCUAUGGAAACUGAUGCAGCUCAAAUGGCAGAGACAGUACUUAGCGAGCCAGGACAAGUUAUACAGGAGGGUGUAGAAGAGGAACAAGAGGGAUCGGAAUCUCCGUUCGAAGAUUUCCGCUGCGGUUUCUGCCCUGAGCGGUUUGAGGAAUACGAAGAUCUCACCUCCCACCAGAGCAACCAUAUUCAGGCUUAUCAGGAGCGGAGACACUCAGCGCCAUCUACCAGUACACGCCCUCGACGUCAGCGACGGGAGACGAAGAACAAGCCUAUGCCAUGUCCGCUCUGCCCUCUUGACUUCGUCUCCGGAAUUGAUGAGCUUCAGCUACACUUUACCUGCCAUGUCUUAGGACGGAAGGGUUUCCUCUGUGCGUACUGUGACAGGCCUGCCAAGAGCUGGAUAAAGAUGCUAGACCAUUUGAACAGCAGCCAUCUUCUCGCCAAGACGGAACAGCGGCGGAUAAAACCGGAAGACAAUCUUCGCGAUGAAGUAGAUUUUGAGGAACAGGUGGCAGCACUGUCUAAAAUUACGGGACAAGGUGAUGGGAAUGCAGCGACUGAAAUUUCUGAGUGUGGCAAAAUCGGUGAUUCUGGUGCAUUUAAGAAACUGACUGUUACUGCUAAAGAGGUUUGCGAGAAGGUUGAUUUGCCAUUCAACAUCACACAAAAGCGGCAAAUCUGUCGUAAGAUUUACACGCUUGGAGAUGUAAAGCGUGGACGUGGCAGGCCACGCAAACAUUCGGUGCGAAUCAAGGAGGUGGCGAUACCCAUUGUACCUGAGGGGGGUGAGAUUGAAGUUUCUGACGAUGAUUUUGAAACUGAUCUUACUGAACCAGUCCCAGUUCAGGAUAGCUUUGAGAAUGAGCCAAUGGACAUCGAUAGUUCGGUAAAUCCUGAUGAAGAUGUACCUGCCAUGUCAGAUGAAACAGUUCCGGUUUACACUGGCACUGUAUGUUCUUCAGGUGAAAUAGGACGGUUAUUCGAAGCAGUUGAAAUAGCAAUCCAACAAGAUAACAAAGGUGUAGUUUUGAUUCCAAAUUCAGAGAACCGGAAUGACAGUCAUAUUCAGGUCGUGCGUGCAUCCAAGGAACUUUCUGAAAGCGAGACUAACAUUCAAAUGUUGAAAUCUGAGUCUCGGUCUACUGAUCCAGAAAAUAUUAGAACUGCUGAAAAUGUAGAGUCUCUUGAGAAAACUAACGGGGUAAAUCCUAACAAUGAUGACCCUGAUCAUGUCCUCUCUACAAGAGACAACAAAUUUCCAAUGAAAAAGAAACCUGCUAAGCCUAUCAUACAGACAUUCUUUCUGUAUCCCAAACCUGGAGGUGGCUUUUCCUCUAAACCAGUCGUGUCUGAAUCUAGUAAUGCAGAAACGUUGUUGGCUAAACGGAAUGAUCGUGAUCCUGGUACUUGUGUCGGUUCCUCGAAGGAGUCCACGAGUGGAGAAGAUCUUGUCAGGGAGGAUAACGAUGAAAAUUAUGAGAAUAUUUCAACUGCUGCUAGAGAUGUCGUGAAAGAUAAAGGAGAAAGUGGUACUCUUGAGGAGUGUUCAGCUGAGGCAAAGCCAAAAGGAAUAUCUUCAUUCUGUCCACGCUGCGUCCUGACCAAGGGAUCUCUUGCUGAGAUAAGGCUCCAUACUUCAUCCCAUAUGGAAGACACGGACGACCACCAAUGCGGUAUCUGCAGUGGUAUGUUCGAGGAAGACACGACCUACGCAACCUGGGACCGCCUCAAAGAGCACUAUGAAAAAUGCCACAAGGAGAAAGUAGUAUGGGUUUCUGCGUUGAAGAAAAAAGUCCCAGCAACCCUGGCUGUCGGUGGUAAAAAGCGCAAGAGACCGUACAGAUGUAAUCGGUGUUCGACAAUCCAUUUGCGUAGUCUUGAAGAGGUGGAGAUUCAUGAUUCUUGUCAUGUAGAAGGGAAAGAGCGCCUGUUCCGUUGCCCCAGCUGUAGCAAGGAGACGACGGCCUGGCAUGCGAUGGUUACCCACCUCAUGGAUCACAACGGUGGCAAGAGCUUCAAAUGGCAGAAUCUACCAGAGUUUAGAUGCCAUAUCUGUGGUAAAGUGAAAAAGACCAAGACGCAGCUGAACAUCCACAUCAAUCGUGGUCACUUCAGAGAGCCACGCCAAUGUAGCUCUUGUGAGAAGACGUUUACGAAUUGGUCCAGUUGGCGGCGUCACGAGGAUAUAGAGCACAGCACUGCGGGCGCUUUCAAGUGUGACCAAUGUUCCUUUGUUGCCAGUCAUUCCAUCGCUCUGCGAAACCAUAUGAAAUUCCACGACGGGAAGGCAUACCAGUGUUCAGAAUGCAGCUACCGAACAUGGAAUGGCUACACGUUAAAAUCCCACAAGAAACUCGUUCACCAUUACAACGGGGAACGCGUCCCUUGUAAUCUCUGCGGCAAAGCGCUGAAGACGAAAGCGAGCUUGAUGGUCCACAAAAAGCGUAAACAUGAAAAACAAACGUUGGUGAGGUGUUCACAUUGUGAAUUUGUUACGACGAAUAAUACGUAUUUGAAAGCUCAUGUCGCAAAGAAACAUGCUCCGAAGCCGUAUCAGUGUGAGGUGUGUCCGUACGGGACGAUGACGGAAGAUGUACUGCAGUCCCACAUGAAAAUGCACACGGAGAAUCGACCUUACGUAUGUCCCUAUACAAGGUGCUACUUUCGUGCAAGGGACCAAAAAACCUUGGCAUCUCACAUUAAGAAUUCUCACACUGAUGACGGUUCUUCACGUCGGUUUCCAUGUUCUCAAUGCAAUCGCCGGUUUAAGACUAUUACGAUGUUGAAAAAUCACAUGCCGUUGCAUACAGGAGAGAAACCACACAAGUGCAGCCUGUGCAACUUUCGGGGAAAGCACAGGAGUACCGUUCACAGACAUAUCAAGACGAUUCAUUGCGACAUGUAUAAAAAAGCUUGCCCUGUCCCACAAGUGAUUGAACAAAGAGAAGACGUUGAGACAAUCUAUAUUGAAGUACCGCAGGAGAUGGAGGCAGGUUUUGUUGUGAAUGAAACGCAACCUGUCCUCGACGAGGUGACGUCACAACAAGUUGCGAGCAUCGUCGCGUUUGAAAACACAGGUGGUCAGCAAAUUCAAAUUGGUUCUGAACAGGUUACUGGGAUGAACCUGCAGAGUCGGAUCGUUCCUACGGUAGUUCAUGAACACGAUGUAGAGGGAGCUGAUAUGGCGGUCCCUGCCGAUCAGAUACAUGAGGUGAUUGUGGAGUCUCAGGUGGCGUCCUCUGAUGUUGAACUUCUGAAACAUCUGAUGGAGUUAGCAUCGACAAAUCCAAGUCUAAAUGUCUAAAGAACUUGAGACAAUGCAUUGAACAGGCACUGUUUAGGGCAUUUUCUAAUGCAAUUUUCCUUCUUGCAAGCAGCUGACCUGCAAUGAGGAAUCUGCAGAAGUAAUAAUCUAAAAUAUGACCUAAAAUAUGACCGCUUCAUUGUUGAAAAUGGGCUUCACAUACCACAUGCUGAACUGGUCGUUUAAAACCGAGAAUAAAGUAAUCAAAAAAAACCAAGAGCUAUAAUUGGCACAAAGGUUACCCGGUUCACAGAUACAGCCCGUUGAAUAACGUAUGAUAUCUACUGGUGUACUCGUAUUUGUGUGGCCCAUCCGAUAAAACAGUUAACUUGCAAUGUACGAUAUUCUUUUGUAUGCCAGCUCAUUAAAAUAUUUGUUUUCUCAAUCAAAUAUUGUUUAUAAAAUGUAAAAUGUGUAAUGUAAAUAAUGAAGUAUAAAAUGUAUAAUGUAAUAAAUAAGAAAGU